GAGCGACGACGGCGGUGGCGGCGGCGGCGGCGCGUCGUGUGCGGACUUUUCCGUCGAUCUCGCGUGUGUGUUUAUCUCUUCGUGGAUUUUAAAUCGCAUUAUUCGUCUGGUAUCACGCACAAAAAGCCGUGUUUCUCUUUCGCGCCGUCAAUGAUAUCGCAGGAAGAGAUUGACGUCAUAUCAAAUGUUAUCCAGUGAAAUCGAUAACACUUCGCCGUCGUUUGGUUAGACCGUCUCUAACUAUAUGAUACCGUCCUCGGAUGUCUCUCGCUCAGGAUACUUGUGGAAAAAUGAUACGAGAGCAUUGAAGUGAUAACGAAGCAAAAAAUCUCGAUACAAUAGAGGUGCCAUCGCAAGGUAUCGAUCAGUCAUAAUUUUUCUCUUAAUAUGACAUAUUGGAAGAGAUAUGGGGGCAAGUGCAAUCUGGAUAUUUGUAAUACGUAGUACGCAUCAUGCGAGACGCAACCACAUGAUGGAGUUAUUCGAUGAUGAAAGUAAAUUCGAAGCCUGAUAGAUUUGAUAUAGUAAAAUAAAACUAUGGCAGCGGCGCAAGACACACCGGAAUCGGAUACCGGGAGUUUUGAGUGUUUUAGAAACUAUACAGCACCAGAAGUAUUCGUACAAGGCCUAGCUGGCAUCGUUGAUCAGCAGGAUGUGGAAUCUAUGAUACGUGCUCAAAAACAGAUGUUGCAAAGGUUCGAAAAAACUAACGAGAUGUUGACCAAUUGUAAUCAAUUGUCGGUACAUAGACUCAAAACAGCUGGCACAGAAUUUAAAAAGCACAUCGCUCUCUUAAUCGAGAUGAAGAGAGAUCUGGAUUAUAUUUUCAAAAGAAUUCGUUUGGUGAAGAAUAAAUUGAGUCAGCAAUAUCCACAGGCAUUCAAUGAGGCAGUAAGAAGCAGCUUGGCGGAGGAAGUCAUUGUAGAGGAUGUCGAUUGUCCGGUGAAACCUCUCGAACCAGAAAUUGUGCCAUUGCCAUCCGUUGACGGUGCUGCCGAUCGAGAUCCCGACUCAGAUGUGCCGGUCGAGGAGUUUCAGUUCGCGAAGCUGCGCAAACGGCGAAUAAAGAGUAACGACAGCUCGUCAACGGAGAGCAACAACGAUCACAGUAACGCCGACACGUCAUCCUGUACGUCCGACACCGGCUAAAAAAAAAA